ACAAAUUUCUCGCCAUGAACACCACCCCCAGCUUUGGAGUGUGACUGUUUUUACGUGUAGCCCGUAGCCGGCCGUUUCUAUAUCUCUUCGGGAGCCGAUUUUCGCAGGAUAUUCGUGAGCGAAUGUUCCUAUCACAUCGGUUUGUUCAUACAGCUCACUGCGUGCAGAGCCUGAAGGACGCAUCCAUAAUUCGGUGGCAUGUAUUAUACGAAAGCCCCACCUGGACAGUCGUCAGAGCCAGACAUCCGCAUCGGAUUCCUCACUGGAGAGCGUGAGAUGAACACCGAGAAUGGUCGGCAGACCGGCCAUUCGAGCGUCAACAGCGGAGUUGAAGUUCUCUACGUCGAUAAGGAGGCGCAACGCAUUCCGGACUGGAUUCUGAAUAAAUACGCCCUAACAGCUGAGACUGUGGACAUUUCGUGGAACUGCCUCAAGACACUCAAUGGAAUCGAUAGCCUCACAAGACUGCGCCACCUUAUAUUGGACAACAAUGACCUGAAGGACCCUGAUAUAUUCGAUAGCGUCUUCUGCGGAUCCCUGCAGACUCUGUCUCUGAAUAAAAAUCAGUUCCCCGACAUCACCAAGCUCAUGUCGGCCAUCAAUCAAGCGUUCCCGAGGCUGAGGCAUUUGAGUUUGUUGGGAAAUCCUUGCUGUCCUGAUCGAUUGACCCGGCCUCAGGAACAGGAUCAAGAGGAUUAUACCGGCUACCGUUUGUACGUCAUCUCUCAACUCUCGUUCCUCGACUUCCUUGACAGCAGCGAGAUCUCGCCGCAAGAGAGGAACCGUGCGCGUCAAAUCGGAAGGUUCCAAGUGGUGGCUAAACCGCGCUUGGGACCGUAUCGGUCGCCGAACGAGGACGAAUUACCGAGCGGCCUACAUCCACUACCGGCGGGCACCCGAGAGGGCCAGGGCCGACCAGCUUACGGCACCAGAAAAUACCGCUACUUGGGGAACCAUUCCGAAGGAAAUCGCUUCAUAAAAGACACACAGCUCUGAUCACGUCCAGCUCCGCUCUUGAGUCCGUUUCAGGCGAUUUCCCCGGAGCAUUUUUCCCAAAAGUUCUAGUCGCUAUCCGUGGUAGCAUGUACAUAUACUUGAUCGAUGAUUCUCGCAGCGUCCAGAGCUAUGUUGCUCGUCUGAACGUGAACAAUUCAAUCAAUCACACGGCCAGCCCGACCAUGAGACCGAAACUAUGUUUCGCCGGCGGUGAUUCGACACCCUUUUCCCAAAAAACCUCUCAACGAUCGGGGUUCGGAUUUCAUGUUUCCACCCGGAUCCUACGAGAUGCUCCGCGAGUCGCUGCCGCUUCCGAUAUGCACGCCAUCUCGAGCUCCCCAAGCUAAGUUGCACAGGACUCGAGGCAUACCGUCUCAUGAGCUCGCCGAAGUAACGGCCUCCAUGAGCUCCUCCAUUCGGGAGAAUGGGUCCGCAAACGGAAUCGCAUUGUGGCGGGAUCGAGAUGCGGUCACGGGAUAUCGGGGGGUCGCCGCUCGACGAUCAGAACAUGCUGACAGAAUUCUGGUUAGGCCCACAUGGCCCACAGACGUCGUUAAACUUCGCUCUGCAUGAGCUUGUAUUUUUUUCGUAUGGAUAAUUGCAAUCUCGAGUCGAAUUGCAGACUGCGUAUUAUGCAUAAUCGGAUUCGAGUACUUAAAAUAAGUCGUAAGACGCACGAGAUAAGGUUCGAAUAGGGGGCAAAAUGAAUUUCGGAAGGGUUA